AUGUUAUUAAAACCGUUUUUGUAUGUAUUACUGUUUUCGUGUUUCGUUUUGAAUUUUCCUGCCACUGUUUUAGCAGAACCUGAAGAACAUCAUGAAGUCGACCCAAAGUCUGGAGCAUUUUGGGGACAAAUCGUAGCUAUCUUUUUUUUGGUGAUCCUAAGUGGAAUUGUUGCUGGAUUAACUCUUGGUUUGAUGUCCCUCGAUACUACCAAUCUUGCUAUUUUGGAAAUCGCUGGUACGCCACAACAAAAGUACUAUGCUUCACGAAUCAUUCCUAUCCGCAAAAAUGGCCAUAUCUUGUUAACGACCCUGUUGUUGACGAAUACUGUAUUGAACGAAACAUUGCCAAUCUUAUUUGAUGGCAUUUUCAGCACAGGGUUUAUAUCUGUCAUUGUUUCUACCGCAUUGCUUGUCAUGUUUUCAGAAAUCAUUCCUCAAGCGAUAUUCUCAAAGCAUGGUCUGGCUAUUGGUGCAUUGUUUGCUUAUCCCGUGAGAAUUUUGAUUGGCAUGUGGUUCAUUAUAUCAUGGCCUAUUUCCAAGUUUUUAGAUUACCUAUUAGGUACACAUACCGGAUUUAUAUAUGGCGUAUCAGAAUUUGGUGCGUUGGUUCAACUUCACGAUUCAGCAAAGUAUCCCGAUGGUACAUUGAACCACAAAACUGUCACUGUUUUACAAAAUGUUUUGAGCAUGCAAGAAAAAUAUGCAGACGGGAUACUAACAUCGGCUAGUAAUAUGUUGAUGUUAAAACCUGAUGUCAUGCUUACACCCUCCAAAGUCCAGCAAUACCACGGUAGCGGUUACUCUCAUAUUAUUGUAUAUGAGAAGGGUAUCACUGCAUCGAAUCAACAUGAUGAUCAUCAGAUUCUUGGCGUUUUAGAACUGAAGUCUUUAAAUCUGCUCGAAUCAAAGAGCUUUAAUGAACCGAUCGGUAAAAUGAGACUAGAUACGUAUCUGACAGCUUCCUCAAGAGAACCUGUCAUUGACCUAAUGAAUCAAUUGUUUAGUCAGGACUCCGAUGCACAAGUUAUUCUUAUUUACCGCACGGAGCAAGAUAUUAAAGUUAUCAAAGAAGAGAGCUAUGCGGCAGCACGUGAGAUUCAAUCAAUUGAAGCAAAGGCAUUAAAGAAGCAUAAAAAUAGCUUGAGCUGUCGUGUCAGAAGACUCUUCCGCUCCAAAUGUCAUCUCUGCCAUCAUUUAUCAACACCUUCUGAAUCUGAUAUAGGUGAAGAAGAGACAAUUUCGAGUAACCGGACGGUUGAAAUGAGUAUGAAGGCUGGUUUGAUUGGUAUGGUUACCAAAAAAGAGAUUUUAAAUCAACUGGUAUGUCCUAGACUCGAGCCGAAAGACAAGUCGGCUUCCUUUCCACAAGUUGUUCAUGGAAGUUUGAAGGCUAGUCAAAAUUAA